UGCAUACUCCUUACGAUCGCAGCAGCUAGAGAAAAAAAGUCUGAAAACUAUAUCCGAUUCUUACAGAAGACGAAGAAGAUGGGGGAGAAUGUUGAUAAGAAGAUAACUAUAGGUGUAUGCGUGAUGGAAAAGAAGGCACAAUCGGAUCCUAUGGGACGGAUUUUGAGUCGAUUAGAGGCUUUUGGCGAGUUUAAGAUGGUAUAUUUUGGUGAUAAAGUUAUUCUUGGAGAUCCAAUUGAAAGAUGGCCUGUAUGUGAUUGUUUGAUUUCCUUUUAUUCAUCUGGAUUUCCUCUUAAAAAAGCCGAGGCGUAUGCUGCAUUGAGAAAGCCAUUUCUUGUGAAUGAGUUGAAACAACAACACCUUCUUCAUGAUCGAAGUAAAGUGUACAAGCAUCUUGAAAUGUGUGGAAUUCCUAUUCCAAGAUAUGCCCUUGUAAAUAGAGAAACUCCAAAUCAAGAGUUGGAUUAUUUUGUGGAGGAAGAAGAUUUUGUUGAGGUUCAUGGGAGCCGUUUUUCAAAGCCAUUUGUGGAGAAACCGAUUGAUGGUGACAAUCACAAUAUCAGGAUAUAUUAUCCAAGUUCAGCAGGCGGUGGCAUGAAAGAAUUGUUCCGGAAGGUUGGCAACAGAUCAAGUGAAUUCCACCCUGAUGUUAGAAGAGUGAGACGUGAAGGCUCAUAUAUUUAUGAGGAAUUCAUGCCAACAGGAGGAACAGACGUGAAGGUGUAUACAGUUGGCUCUGAGUAUGCACAUGCUGAGGCUAGGAAGUCUCCUGUUGUUGAUGGUGUUGUUAUGAGAAAUCUGGAUGGAAAAGAAGUAAGGUAUCCCGUACUGCUAACUCCAGCUGAGAAGGAAAUGGCAAGAGAAAUUUGCAUUGCUUUUAGGCAAGAAGUUUGUGGUUUUGAUCUUCUACGGUCUGAGGGACGUUCCUAUGUAUGUGAUGUGAAUGGAUGGAGUUUUGUGAAGAACUCCUACAAAUAUUAUGAUGAUGCUGCAUGCGUACUGAGGAAGAUAUUUUUGGACGCGAAAGCCCCACAUCUUGCUGCUAAAAUUCCACCAACUUUACCAUGGAAUGCAAAUGAACCUGCUCAGACUGAUGGACUUACACGGCAGGGAAGUGGAGUUAUUGGUAAAUUUGGACAGUCUGAGGAGCUGCACUGUGUAAUUGCUAUAAUACGUCAUGGUGACAGAACUCCAAAACAAAAAGUAAAGUUAAAGGUCACCGAAGAGAAGCUGUUAAAUUUGAUGUUGAAAUACAAUGGGGGCAAACCUAGAUCUGAGACAAAGCUUAAAACUGCUGUUGAGUUGCAAGAUUUGCUGGAUGCCACAAGAACCUUGGUACCACGCACUAGACCUGGGAGGGGAAGCGAUAGUGAAGCUGAAGAUAUGGAGCAUGCUGAUAAACUUCGUCAAGUGAAAGCAGUUUUGGAAGAGGGAGGACAUUUCUCGGGUAUUUACAGAAAGGUUCAGUUGAAGCCUCUGAAGUGGGCAAAAGUUGAAGAUUCUAAUGGGGAGACUGAAGAGGAACGGCCUGUUGAAGCAUUAAUGAUUCUUAAAUAUGGAGGUGUUCUUACUCAUGCUGGCAGAAAGCAGGCUGAAGAACUAGGUCGCUUUUUUAGAAACAAUAUGUACCCAGGUGAAGGCACUGGUCUGUUACGUCUACAUAGUACAUACCGACAUGAUCUUAAGAUAUACAGCUCAGAUGAGGGUCGUGUACAGAUGUCCGCAGCUGCAUUUGCCAAAGGACUGCUUGAUUUGGAAGGGCAGCUGACACCUAUCCUGGUUUCACUGGUUAGUAAGGACUCUUCUAUGUUGGAUGGACUUUACAAUGUCAGCGCGGAGAUGGAAGAAGCUAAGGCUAGGUUAAACGAAAUUAUAACAUCUGGAGAGAAGAUAGAUUGCACCAGUCAAUCUGAGAAACCUUGGAUGGUUGAUGGAGCUGGACUUCCUCCUAAUGCUUUUGAACUUCUACCAGAAUUGGUUCGACUAACAAAGAAGGUUACUGAACAAAUGAGGAUACGGGCAAAAGAUGAAAUUGAAAUGCUUGCAGAUGCUGGAUCCUUUGAUGUAAUUCCAGCAUAUGACCAAGCAAGGGCACUUGGUAAAACAAAUAUUGAUAUAGAUCGUAUUGCUGCUGGACUACCUUGUGGGAGCGAGGGUUUCCUUUUGAUGUAUGCUCGGUGGAGGAAACUAGAGAGGGACUUGUAUAAUGAACGCAAACUGCGGUUUGACAUAACACAAAUCCCAGAUGUUUAUGACUCUUGCAAAUAUGAUCUUUUGCACAAUGCACAUCUUAAAUUGGAAGGAUUAUAUGAACUUUUUGAAGUUGCUCAGUUACUUGCAGACGGUGUUAUUCCAAAUGAGUAUGGAAUUAAUGCAAAGCAAAAGCUAAAGAUCGGCUCAAAGAUUGCUCGGCGCUUGCUGGGUAAAAUUUUGAUAGAUCUGAGAAAUACUCGUGAAGAAGCAAUCAGUGUUGCUGAACUGAAAAGUAGUCAGGAUCAAUAUACAAAGUGCACAAAAAUUAAGAAAGGAGAUGCAGAGCAGUUGAGGUCUCAGAGUAAAAAGGAUGUUUUGAGAACACUUAGUUUUACGAGUGAACGAUCUGCAGAUCAAGAAGAUGAUGAUGACAAAGAAAUCAAGUAUCGUUUAGAUCCAAAGUACGCAAAUGUAAGAACACCAGAGCGACAUGUCCGCACCCGCCUUUAUUUUACAUCUGAAUCACAUAUCCAUUCGUUAAUGAAUGUUAUUCGUUACUGUGAUUUGGAUGAAUCUCUUCAAGGAGAAGAUAGCCUUGUUUCUCAUGAUUCAUUGGAGCAUCUGCAUAACACCAAAGAGCUUGAUUACAUGAGCUAUAUUGUGUUACGUAUGUUUGAGAAUACAGAGGUUCCUUUAGAAGAUCCAAAGAAGUUCCGGGUAGAGUUGACAUUCAGUAGAGGAGCAGAUUUAUCACCUUUGGAGAAGAGCGAUCCGGAGGCAACUUCACUACACCAGGAGCACACAUUGCCGAUAAUGGGACCAAAAAGGAUACAAGAAGUAGGAUCAUAUCUAACAUUAGAAAAACUGGAGGAUAUGCUUCAUCCAUUUGCAAUGCCAGCUGAGGAUUUCCCACCACCCACAAUUCCUCAGGGAUUUUCUGGUUAUUUCUCCAAGAGUGCAGCCAUGCUCGAGCGAUUGGUUAACCUUUGGCCGUUUCAUAAGCUACAACAGCAACAACAACAGCAGCAACAGCAACAGGGAACUCAAACUCAACAGGGAACUGGUAAUGUCAAUAAGGAGUAGGUAUAAAUCAUUUUCAUUUUUUACCUAUACCCUUAUGUGCAUGCUAUAUUAUAUUUUGUUGUCAAAUUUUAGAGACAACCAUAAUAAUUCAUUCAUUCAUUCAUCCAUGUCCAAAUAAAACAUACAAAAGAUAUAGUUAGCUGUCUGAAUAAAACGA